AUGUGCCUCGGCAGCAGCAGUGACCAGAAGAGCAGCAGGAGGAUGUCCUGUCUGGACGAUAUUCCCUUUAAGACCCUUCUGGGAUCUCUGGAGGGGCCCAGGGAAGAGGUGGAGCUGAUCACGGCCCCAGACAUCACUGUCCCAGACUACCUCACCAUACUGCAGGAGACAGAGUACAUGUUCAGCUUGGAGAACUGGGUGCUCCAGGGCCUCCAGGGAGGUUACCCCAGCCAGCCCCAACCCCCCGGCCCCAGAUCCCCAUCCGAGGUGCUCCCCUCCAGCCCACCCUACUGGCACCUCUUCAGCAGCCCCCAGGAGAGCCGCCUGGCCAGCCGACACAGCUCUGACUUCUGGGAGCCCAACCCCCGCCAGCGCUCCCACAGCCUGAACCCGGUCGACAUGCGCACCCGGGUCAAGUUCGUCAUCUCCGACUCCGAGGAGGAAGAGGAGUGCUCUUCGUCGGGAGAGGGUUCCUUGGAGUCCGGUUCAGGGUACGUGUCGGAUCAGCGUGUUCCUGGGUCAGGGGACACCCUGCCCCCAGGAGGACCCAAGCCACCACCCUCCUCAUCCCUGUCCAGACACCCAUUGACCAGGGCCAACACGGAGCAUGUCCCCUCCAUCAGACACCACAAGCCAACAUAUCCGUCCCUGAGUCCGUACUUCUGCCUGCCGGCCCUUCCCUCGGUGACCUCACGACCCCUGGGUUCCCACGCCACGUCAGUGCUGGACUCCUCGGUGGAGCUGCUGUCCGCGCUGAGCCCUGAGGAGAGAGAGCUGCUGCAGGCCAUCACAGAAAGGGGCUAUCCGCUCCGCACCGCCAUCAUCGCCCUGCAGAAGACCGGCCAGCAGAGCCCAGAACAGAUCCUACGCUAUCUGGUGGCCUGCGAUAGACUGUGUGAGCGGGGCUACGACGAGGCGCAGGUGGAGGAGGCCCUGGAGAUGUUCCAGAACUGUGAGACCAAGGCUGAGGAGUUUCUUCACCUGCUGGCUCAGUUCAAUGAGAUGGGCUUCCAGCAGAACGCUAUCAAAGAGGUUCUGUUAGUCCACGAGAACCACCGCGAGAGGGCCCUGGAAGAGCUGAUGAUGCGUGUGACGUGACAGGGCCAAUGUCUACUCCCACAAAAAAUUAUCUUGUAGGCGACAUACAUGCACGAACACAAGCACAGUUCCUGUGUUGCCUGUUUACUACAAACAUUUUGUGUUAGCUAAUGUAUCAUAUUAAAGGGAUAGUUCACUCAAAAACUAUAUUUUACUAUUUAGUUUAUUAGUCCACAGUUAAUUCAAUCCCCAUAAAUGGUGCAUGUCACCUGUGACGUUUUCAGUCCAGAGCAGAAACUGUGAUGAUGACUUUUCACUAUCCCUUUUAAUGAUAUGUCAUUUUCAAAUUGCAAUUCGCAUGUUGAAACAUUGUUGAUUCACUGGAGCACACUAAAACUAUACAUUCUAGCAAAUCAGGAAAUGAACAGUGGCCUUCUAGGCAAAGUAAAACUUAAACAAUACCAUUUACAGACAAUCGAUUUAUUACAUAGAUUUAUUACAUUUCAGAUUUGGACAAAAUGUUUGUUAUGUGAUUUGCCCAUUAUUGUCAAUUUUCUUUGUCAAUUUCAAGUGUCAUAGCAAUUGUCAUAGUAUUUGUUUACUUAAGUUCGAUCUGUAAUGAAUUCUUUUUUUCCAGUAAACUAUGGUUGCAUCCCAAAUGACACCCUAUUCCCUUUAUAGUGCAAUACUUUUGACCAAGGCC